AUGUCUUCGUCAUCCUCGUCUGAUGAUUCCGAUGAAGAUAUUAUUCUUCAAAUUUUAAUAAAUCUUCCAAGACCGAGGCGGUUUAGGGAUAGGUCAAAUCCGUUGCAGGACUAUGACGACUUGGACUUCAAGUGUCGCUUUAGAUUGUCGAAGGAAACAUUUAUGAUACUUUUGCAUAUGAUCGGUGACUCUAUUAAACAUAAGACAAAUAGAAGUUCAUCUCUAUCACCUGUACUUCAACUUUUAAUUGCUCUGCGUUACUAUGCUACUGGAGCAUUCCAAAUGGUGUUAGGCGAUCAUAUUCAGGUUAAUAAAUCUACUGUUUGUAGAGUUAUUAAAACAGUUUCCACAGAAAUUGCUCGAUUACGUCCACAAUUUAUUGAAUUCCCUAGUACAGUUGUAGAGCAACAAAGAGUUCAAUUAGGAUUUUUCAGAUUACAUCAAUUUCCUCGUGUUAUUGGUGCCCUAGAUUGUUCGCAUACCAGAAUACAAUCAUAUUAA